GAGUGAACAGGACUGGGAGACGCCGGCCUUAUAUCUCCAAGCGCUCCGGUCGCCCGGCAAGACCAACUGUGUAGCACUAGCAACCAGCCUCGCCAGAUUCAAGUCCAGGACCUUCAUGUGGUGCAGAGGAACUUCAGGAGUCGUUAAAGUGCCGGGUGCGGUAUCCGGUCAUCUCUGCGUGUGCUCCCUCCCAUCAAAUGUCCAGGGGCACAUGGUGACCAUAUGCGAAGAGCAAAACCCGACUCUACGCCCCGAAAUGACCAUGCCCUCUCAGGGUUUCGGGCCCAAGACGUCAGGUCCUCAAUCAAAGACGGGGCCGACUGAGGAAAGAAAUGAUCGGCGUGGACAUGGCAGGGUGAAGAUGUGCGCGACUGGUGGGACCGCGCCGCAGGUCAAUAGGCGUCUCAAGUAUACCGAAAUACUUGGAAAACGAGUUGCAUGUCUGCGCAAGUGGGCUUUGGCACUUGGAAGCUGUCGGGCAACCGUGGUCUAACAGAGCACAAUGAUUGCCUGUUCCUUCUUUCGUCGGAUUUUCCAGUUUCUGCAGCACCUCUGCCUGUACCCGACCGCUAUUCUUUGCCCAUGACGUCAUACCCCGUAUCGUGUGCGAG